AUGACCCGGGGAAAUUGCUCAGUGUUGAUGGAGUUUGUGUUCCUGGCCUAUCCCUCCCAUCCUGGGUUGCGAGUCUUGUCCUUCCUUGGAGUCAGCCUGGUUUAUGCAUUGAUCAUCAGUGGGAAUGUCCUCAUUGUGGUGGCUAUCCAGACAGAAGCCCGCCUACACACACCCAUGUACUAUUUUCUGGGCAGCCUCUCAGGGAUAGAAAUAUGCUACACUGCUGUGGUGGUGCCUCACAUUCUAGCCAACAUCCUACAGUCAGAGAAGACCAUCACCCUCCUGGGCUGUGCCACUCAGAUGAUUUUCUUCAUUGGACUUGGCAGUGCAGAUUGCUUCCUGUUGGCUGUGAUGGCCUAUGACCGGUAUGUUGCUAUUUGCCACCCUUUGCGGUACCCUCUCAUUAUAACUUUAACUCUUUGUGUUUGCUCGGUUGUGGCUUCUGUGGUCAUUGGCCUCUUUCUGUCCUUACAACUGGUGGCCUUCAUCUUCUCUCUGCCAUUCUGUCAGACUCGGGGUAUCAAGCACUUCUUUUGUGAUGCACCACCAGUGAUGCAUCUUGUUUGUGCCAACAGCCACAUCCAUGAGCAGUCAGUGCUGGUGGCAGCCACACUAGCCAUUGCCAUGCCUUUCCUCCUCAUUGCCACCUCCUACACCUUCAUCGUGGCUGCUGUGCUCAAGAUCCAUUCACCAGUUGGCCGCCGCCGGGCCUUCUCCACCUGCUCCUCCCACCUCACUGUGGUCCUGCUCCAGUAUGGCUGUUGUGCCUUCAUGUACCUGCGCCCCAGCUCCAGCUACUACCCCAAGCAGGAUCAAUUCAUCUCACUGGUAUACACAUUGGGAACCCCACUGCUCAAUCCAUUUAUCUAUACCCUGAGGAACAGUGAGAUGAAGGCGACCAUAUGGAGAGUUCUUACCAGGAAUUGUCCCUCCCAGAAAAACUAG